AUGAUCAAGAUCACCACCCUCCUCCGUGCACUUGUUGCCGCUCUAUUUGCCUCCUCCUCAUUGGCAUUCUCUGUCCUUCCAGCAGGAACGACAAGUCAAAUAAAGGCCGUCUCGUCGUCGACUGAAGUUUCCAUGGGUUUGUUCGAUUUCUUCAGCGAAGAGGCAAAACAAAAGCGAGAAGCCAAGCGCCAGAGGGAAAUUGAAGAGCAAGAACGUCUCCAAAAGGCCAUCAUGGAACGAAGAAGAAAUCCUGAUCUCAUGGAAGAUUACGAAGCCAAUGUCCAGUAUAGAAGAGAACUCAUAAUGCAAGAUAAGUUUGAUGAGGCCAACAAGGUAGACUUGUACAAGCGCGCAGAUAAGGAGACACUUUUGGAUGGAACUAAAGGAGAGGUGGCUGAAGAAUAG